AUGUCGACCGCCGGGAAGAUCAUUCGAGGUGGUGCAAAUGCUGUACGCCAAGUGGCACCAGUACAAUCAGUUAGCAAAGAUCAAGCUCGUCGUGCUGUGCUACAGGUUUACAAGGAUCUGCAACGCAUAACGCCAACAUUUUGGUGGGAUUUUGGAAUGGUAGACAUGCCACUAGGUGUUUUUCGCUCCGUUUUGAAACAACAAUUCGUGAAGAAUGCUCAUAUCGACGACAUUCGUAUUAUCGAUCGGCUUGUCGGUGAAACAAGACAGCACAUGGUCGCCAUCAAGUAUGCCUUCUAUAACCCCGACCACGUACGCAACUUCCUGUUCCGUGAAAAUGUUCAAGCGAAGCCGAAAGACUUCUUGUCGAAACUUCACCUGAGAUUGUUAAACAGAUAUUUUGGAGCAACUCAGCAAUACGCUUCGAGAUCGCAAGCAUCAGUCGCGAAGUCCUCGCUUGACAGUGAAGAAGUUCGGACGUUCUCGCUACUUUCAUCAGAAUGGCAUAAUGAGAGCGGGUCUUUCAAAGCGCUUCACUCUCUCAAUAAGAAAGGAUCAGUUGUGGACGUGGGAUGCGGUGGUGGUAUUCUUUCAGUGCCACUAGCUCGUGCUGGCCUGAAAGUUACUGGGAUUGAUGCAACUGAGGACGCGGUGAUUGCUGCACGCAAUGCGCUUGAGUCACGACCCCUAAAGGUUUCCGGUGUAUCUGAGCGAAUCUCAUAUCAUUGUGGAACUGUGGAGGAUUUCUCUAAAGAUCAUGAAUGGGGCAAUCUCGUGUUGCAAUUGCAUAUCUCUAAUUGUGAAACUAAAUUCGAUGCUAUUGUUGCGUCUGAAAUCGUAGAACAUGUUGCAAAUCUCGACACAUUCAUCGAGGGUUGCGCUCGUCUGGCAAAGCCGGGUGCACCGUUGUUCUUCACUACAAUUAAUAAAACUCUGGCUAGUCGCCUUUUUGCCAUAUGGUUAGCUGAGGAUGUGAUGAAAAUUGUGCCUCAAGGAGUUCAUCAGUGGGAGAAAUUUGUGGAGCCCGACCUUCUUUCAUCAGUCCUUGAACGCAAUAAAUGCAGCGGCCGUUAUUGGCUUCACAUACAAUCCGGCAACAAACGUGUGGCACUGGACACCAUUUACCCAACGAUGGAUGAGGAAUACGACGCAAUCGUUCUCGGAACGGGUCUCAAGGAGUGUAUAAUUUCUGGUAUGCUCUCCGUUUCGGGCAAAAAGGUUCUUCAUAUCGACAGAAACAACUAUUAUGGAGGAGAGUCGGCGUCGCUGACUCCUCUAGAGCAGCUGUACGAGAAGUUCAUGGGGCCAAGCGCUAAGCCUCCACCAGAGAUGGGUCGUGGUCGUGACUGGAACGUAGAUUUGAUUCCUAAAUUUCUUAUGGCUAAUGGAUCUUUAGUUAAGCUCCUCAUUCACACUGGUGUAACUCGAUAUCUUGAGUUCAAGUCAGUUGAAGGAUCGUACGUUUACAAAGGCGGAAAGGUAUACAAAGUGCCUGCUGAUGAAAUGGAAGCUCUGGCCACCAGUUUGAUGGGAAUGUUCGAGAAACGUCGUUUCAAAAAGUUCCUUUGUUGGGUGCAAUCAUUUGAUAAAGUCAACAAGGACACAUGGCAAGGUCUUGACCCUGAUGUUCACACCAUGCAGCAGGUUUAUGAGAAGUUCGGCCUCGACGACAACACUGCUGACUUCACCGGUCACGCUUUGGCUCUCUAUCGAGAUGAUGACUACAAGCAGCAGCCGUUUGGUCCAACUGUUGAUAAGAUUCGUCUCUAUUCUGACUCCUUGGCUCGCUACGGGAAGUCUCCAUACCUUUAUCCUUUGUACGGUCUUGGAGAACUACCUCAGGGUUUUGCUCGUUUGUCAGCAAUUUAUGGAGGCACUUAUAUGCUAGAUAAGCCGGUAGAUAGUUUGAUCAUAGAGAACGGAAAGGUGGUUGGUGUCAAAUGUGGAGAAGAGACCGUCCGUGGAAAGCAGGUCUACUGCGAUCCAUCGUAUGCUAUGGAUAAGGUGAAGAAGGUCGGCCAAGUUGUCCGCGCCAUCUGCCUUCUUAAUCAUCCCAUUCCUGGCACGAACGAUGCUCAGUCGUGUCAAAUUAUCAUUCCACAAAAGCAAGUGGGAAGGCACUUUGAUAUCUAUAUCUCCUGCUGCUCAAACACGAACAUGGUUACACCGAAAGGAUGGUUUGUUGCUAUGGUAUCUACAACAGUAGAGACAAAUAAUCCCGAGGCCGAGAUUCUGCCAGGGCUACAACUUCUCGGAACUAUCACAGAAAAAUUCAUAUCCGUAUCUGACGUUUUCGAGCCGACAGACUUGGGACAUGAAUCGCAGAUUUUUAUUUCGAGAUCGUAUGAUCCUACAACUCACUUCGAGACAACAUGCAAGGAUGUUCUGGAUAUCUUCCAACGAGGAACAACGCAGGAGUUCGACUUCUCAAAGAUCACCCAUCUCAGCCUUGAGGACAACGAGUAG